AUGGCAGAGACGAUAGAUCUAUCAGGGGAUGGAGGUGUUCUUAAGACAGUAGUCCGGAAAGCAAAAGACGAUGCUAUAGCGCCAUCUGAGAGCCUGCCCUUAGUUGAUGUUCAUUAUGAAGGUACACUUGCUGAGACUGGUGAAGUUUUUGAUACCACCCAUGAAGACAACUCUAUUUUCUCAUUUGAAGUUGGACAAGGGGCUGUCAUCAAGGCAUGGGAUAUAGCCUUAAGAACUAUGAAGGUUGGCGAGGUUGCAAAAAUUACAUGCAAGUCAGAAUAUGCAUAUGGAGCUGCAGGCUCACCACCAGAGAUACCUCCUAAUGCAACACUUAUUUUUGAGGUGGAGCUAGUAGCUUGUAGGCCGAGGAAAGGUUCAAGUGUGGGCAGUGUAUCUGAUGAGAAAGCCAGACUUGAGGAACUUAAGAAGCAACGAGAGCUAGCUGCUGCUACCAAAGAAGAAGAGAAAAAGAAGAGGGAGGAAGCAAAAGCUGCUGCAGCAGCCCGGGUACAAGCAAAGCUUGAUGCGAAGAAGGGGAAGGGAAAAGGAAAGGGAAAAUAG